AAGGGCUGCUCCAAGAUGAUCUGGCCGGCCCCCCUGCAAACACAAAGAGUCCUCUGCAGAAGUAGUCCCUGGGGCCAGAGUCUGUCGGUGGUGGCUGUUUCCAUUGCUGACCUCUCUUUUCUCUUUCUGUUUCUGCUGCAGAGGCUGCAAGAGCUGGUGGUCCUGCUGCUGAUCCGCUUGGGCCAGGCUGAACCUCUCCUGGGCUCUCCCUAUCUCAGUGCUGCCUGCCGCCGUGAGCUGUACCGCCUGCUGCUGGCCCUGGUCUUGGCCCCGGCCCCCUCCUGCCCACCGCCUCUCCACUGUGCCCUGCGCCUCUUCAGCCAGGGCCGUGCAGAUCCCAACCUGCAGGUGUCGACCUUCUGUGCAGAAGCCCUGGUCAUCUGCAAUGCCCUCCUCCACCCGCGGGUGCCCUCCCUGCAGCUCCCCCUGGCCAGCCCCCCGGGUCCCCCACCUGGCUCUUCCGAGGUCUCCCCUGCUGCAGCCGCAGCUGCCUCCCCCUCCCCAUUCCGUCCAGCCCCCCCUCUGCCCUUCGCAGCCCCCCGGUUCCCUGCCCCUCCCCCAGCCUCCCCCUCCGCACUGCCCUCUUCGGCCAGUUCUCUGGGCCUGCCACUGACCGGCCUGGGCUCAGCCCAGUUGCCUCCCCGCCUGACUCCCGAGGAGCCUGUCCUGCCCCCCUCACCCUGCACAGCGGAGGCAGCCGCUCUGGCAGCAGGGGCCAAGCUCCGCCGCUCUGUCUUUGUCCACUACGACAAGGAGGAGGAAGAGGACGUAGAGAUCUCACUGGACAGUGAUUCAGACGAUAGUGUGGUCAUCGUGCCCAAAGGGCAGCUGGGGAAGACAGCCAGCAGCAGCGCAGGUGUUGGGGCGGCAGCAUCGGCAGCGGUAUCAGUGCCAGUGGCAGCGGCGUCAAUGGCGGCAUCUGUGCCUGCGCCUCCCCUGCCCUUGCCCCCGCCUGUGCUGCCCACUGUUCCCACCUCACCUCCCUGCGUAGCCCCUGAGGAGGGUUCUCUGGAGCCCGUGGUGCCACCUCUACCCCCAGGGCCCCCGGUGGUCCCUGCCCCUGUUCCCACUCCUUCCUCCUCCUCUUCCUCUGCGGCCAUGCUAAUGCCCCCCUCCCCAGCCCCUGCGGCCAGUGACCUCCUGUUCCCAACCCUGGUGGAUGAAGACCCCACGGUCAUCAACAUCAAUAGCAGCGAGGAGGAGGAGGAGGAUGAAGAGGAUGAGGAAGACUUCCCGGAGGAGGAGGAGGAAGAGGAGGAGGACUACUUUGAUGAUGAUGAGGAGGAGGAGGAAGAAGAGUUUGAUGAAGAGGAAGGAGU